GCGGGGACGAGACGGGGAGAAGCGCCCGCAGCAGCUCUCUCCUCUGUGCAUUGAGGGCACACACGCCCCCUGCACAGCUCAUUGAAUGGCCGAAGCCGGCGGCACGCUCCCGGCCCGGCCUCGCCGCGGUAGCGCGGGGCUGCAGGCGGCUUCCUCCCCUCGCCGGAACGAGGGAGUCCGGGGCCGCGUGGACCGCACCUGCUGCACAGCACCGGCAGGGAGGAGGGCGUGAGACAGGGCCGCGGUCCUGAUAGCGGCCGGGGACAGUGGUGGCUGUGGGGGUCCGUGCGGGAGAACACCCCCGGCUCCCUAGAGGGGAUCUUCCCGGUUCUGUGUUUGGGUCGUUUGUUCGUUCAAUAAAAGGAGAGCCUCAUCCUCCUGAACCAGCAACCGGAGCACCCCCGGGCUAGGAGGCUGGAGGUGCCUGUACCCAGGUGGCGACGAGAGGAGCCCAAAUCCUUAGACCCGCACCGAUAAAACGUGGUUGUGACGAGCCCGACCCGCCAGCCGCAGGCGGGGGAGCUGCUGCUGCUGCCGCCGGCGGGAGCGCCCCUAGAAGCCUCUCACCGUAGCAUUCUGGCAGGGGAGGAGGGAGGCUGUUUUUUAAGACCCAGCUGCAAGCCAGCCUGGGCUGCCUGCCCGCUCGUGCCAGCGGCGAGCCGAGGGCGCCGGCGGGGGCCACGCCACCGGGCAGGGCAAGACUCACGCCGCGGCCCCGGGAGGGCGGGGAAGGAGCCCGUGCCCCCCAUCAAAUGCAUAGGCAUACCCCCCCAGCAUACACACACACAGACACCCCCCCACCCCCGCGGUCCCGCCGGCGAGGGGCUGAGCGGGCGGCGGCCCCGGCUGCGUCAGAGCUGUGCAAACACCGCCGGGGCGCCCGCCGCUAUUUAAGGGACCGAGGCUGAGUCUCAGCUAACUUCCCUGCCUAGGCACACGCGAGGCCUCGCUCCCUCCCCGGCUCUGACCUCUGGGACGCGCAGCGACACAGCAAUGUACGGAGGUAUAUGCAUCUGCCUGGUCCUUGCUGUGCUCUCAGCGAGCUCUGUCGGGCAGCAGACUGUGGCCUUGCACAAUGGGAACCCACUGGCCGCUGAGCUGGAGCAGAGCUCGACAGAGCAUCACCGGCACGUCCGCGCCCCGUCCUCUGCUGGCUCGCUGAGAUCUCUGCCGCGGCUGGAUGGAAGCAUCGACCAAAGAGCUAACAUCGGUGCCUUGUUGGCCAAGUAUCUGCAGCAAGCCAGAAAAGGUUCCACUGGGAGGCUCUCACUUCUGGGAAACAGGGUACAGAGCUUCGACCCCACGCACAGGAUAAACGACAGAGACUACAUGGGCUGGAUGGACUUCGGCCGCCGCAGCGCCGAGGAGUACGAGUACCCCUCCUAGAGAGCAGCAGCUGCAGCCCCAGGGCAAGCACAGAUCACUCCCGUGUCUGCACAGAGAGAGUCACUUCUCGUCCUCCUGGAAUCUGUGUUUUGAGAGUAUGUCCUGUAUGUGCUGUACAUGUGUCUGUACGACUGCCCGAUGCAAUACACCACUUCUGUAGAACUUUCCAGAA